AUGGCUCUGAAGUCUCCAUGCACCACCCUGGGUACAAAGAUCAAAUUCGAAGAAGGAACCAGCACCCUGCCCAGGGGCGCCACCAUCCCAAAAGCAGAAAGUCAUUUUUCUGCUGUUGAAGUCUCGAAGCUCCGGGACGGUGGCCAGGAGCCAGGUCCCCUCACCCCAGCGCGGCAGUCCUGUGCAAGCAAGUCUCUUCUGAGCUCACCCUUUGGCUGGAGGCAGCAGCAGGGUCCUCUUUGUGAAGGAGUAAAUGUCACCUGCAAGGCCAAUGGUCAGGCUGUGUGUCGUGACAGGUCCCCUGGGGGUGCUAAGACGGGCACAGAGAGGCGGCCGCCGCCUGCCUCGUGUAAAUCUCAAAUGACUAGCUGCACUGCUGACUUUAAAAGCACUGUCUCAAAGGGCGACUUGCAGCAUUUCAGUGGCAGCAGCUCUCGUGGGGGCCUCGAGUGA